AUGGCUCAACCGCACAUGAAUAUGGAUACGGCAGAGCAUAUAAACCGGAUUUGCGGACACUUCGGGGAAGAUGAGUCGGACUCAUACCGCGCUCUCAUCAAGACCUUCGAGCAUGACACUCUAACCUAUGAAGGCUACCUAGACGAAGAUAUACUCAAUUGGCGAAUCAAGCACGACGGGGUCUUUGAUGAUAGGGAGGACCUCGUUCCAUACCACGACGACCUGAUCAUCAUCAUUAUCCUGAAAAAGAUUGAUGCACCAUAUCUUAUCCCUACCAGCCCCUCCGAUAUCGCAAUACUGCGCCAAUGUAUUGACCAUAGCUAUAUGAGCACGGAGGUCCAAAAGAGUAUCCAUGCAACGAACCGGACGCGCUUUGAGAUGGACGUGAGGGCUGCGGGAAUGGAGCUGGCUGGCGACCAAGGGACAUAUGGAGGCAGACUCGCGGGUGUCGGCGAGGAUUUGGAUUUCGAAAUGGAGAUGAGCGAUGGAGUGGCCGAUGAGCCUCCCGAUGUGGUCGCCGGGCGGGCCGGGGAUGGCGAGGAUGGCGAAGGCCACUCCGCAAGCGAGCAUGAGCUAGAGGAACCAAAGAUGGGUGUACCUGAACACGACGUACACAACCCGCUCAACCCGCUCAACCCGCUCAAUGCCAGAGAGGUUGCAGUCCGUGGCCACGCAAACAACCAAUCCAAUGAGGCAGUUGCACCCUCACGUAAGCGGCGAUCCGGCUUUCCUUUAGGAUCUCGGGAGUUUGAGAACUUGAAGAACGAAGCGCUGCGCUUCACACACCCGGAUGGUACAGAACGUCAGACACAGACCGCAAAUGACAAUACGGACGGCCGUCUUCGGAAGAAGCCUCGGAAGAAAUAUGGCGAACUCUAA